UCAAAGUUCUCCAGUCUACAGAAGCCGUUUGAGAAGCUCGUAGACUAUCCAAAGGAAACAAUCCUGAUCUUCUCCGUUGUAUUACCAUCGUCUGUGUUCCGGCGACUUUGGUUUCAUGGAUGAAAUCGAAAUGGGUCUUCCGGAGACUGAGCUCCCACCUCUCUCCUCGGACUUCCCUCCCUCCUCCGCUCAAAUCUCAGAACUUUCGAGGCGCCCCGUCACAAGCUUCUGCUCUUGUGCUCGACCACGUCCGCGUGAGCCACCUUCUGUCCACUUGCGGCAGAGAAGGGCGUUUCCAUCUGGGUUCUUCUCUUCACGCGCCCAUUAUCAAGAACCCGGAGCUCCACGACCUGGGAAAUGAGGACCUCUUCGGAAAUUGUCUUGUCGUUUGGAACUCUCUCCUCUCGAUGUACGCGAAGUGCGGAGACGUGCGGGGUGUCGCUAAGCUGUUUGAUGAAAUGCCUGUGAAAGACUUUAUUUCCCGGAACACCCUGUUAUCUGGGUUUUUGAGGAACGGGGAGUUUGAGAUGGGUUUUGGGAUGUUCAAAAGAAUCUGGGAAGGGGGUGUUCGAGGUGUGGAUAAAGCCACGGUAACCACGAUUCUGUCUGGUUGUGAUAGCCGCGAGCUUUCUCAUGUAGUUGAGUUGAUGCAUGGCAUAGUCUUUAGGGGUGGAUUUGAAAGGGAAAUUCCGAUUGGGAAUGCUCUGAUCACGUCGUAUUUCAAAUGUGGUGGCAAUGGUUGGGGAAUGCAGGUUUUUAAUGAAAUGUUAAAGAGGAAUGUAAUUAGUUGGACGGCUGUUAUCUCUGGCCUUCAACAGAAUGGGUUUUAUGAGGAUAGUUUAAAGUUAUUUAUGAGCAUGCGUAGUGGAUCACUCAAUCCAAAUACUCUCACAUACUUAAGCUCCAUAAUGGCGUGUGCAGGUCUACAAGCAACAAACUUGGGGCGCCAGUUGCAUAGCAUUGCAUGGAAGUUGGGUAUUCAGUCAGAUUUAUUGGUAGAGAGUGCACUGAUGGAUAUGUAUGCAAAAUGUGGAAGUCUGGAAGAUGCAUUGGAUUUAUUCGAGUCUGCAGAGACUAUAGAUGAGGUUUCUAUGACUGUAAUUCUUUUAGGUUUUGCAAAAAAUGGGUUUGAAGAAGAAGCUAUACAAGUAUUUCUGAAAAUGGUAAAGGCAGGGUUGGAGAUUGAUUCUAAUGUGGUUUCUGCUGUUCUUGGGGUUUUUGGUGCUGAUACUUCUCUAGGUUUAGGUAAACAAAUUCACUCUUUGAUUAUCAAAAGAAGCUUGUUUCAUAUUCCCUUUGUCGGCAAUGGGUUAAUGAACAUGUAUGCGAAGUGUGGAGAUAUCGUGGAGUCAAUCAAAAUGUUUAAUCGGAUGCCUUCCAGAAAUUUGAUCUCAUAGAAUUGCAUGGUUAAUUCUUUUGCAUGUCACGGAGAUGGCUGUGGAGCUUAAGGUUGUAUGAAGAAAUGAACAUGGAAGUUGUAAAGCCAACAGACGUUACACUUCACUCUUUGCUUCAUGCUUGUAGCCAUAUGGGCUUAGUCAAGAAGAGAAUGAAGUUUUUUGAUUCAGUGGAAAGGGCUUAUGGAAUUAAUCCAAGGACAGAGCACUACGCUCAUGUUGUUGACAUGUUAGGGCUGGCUGGUCGCCUUAUGGAAAGAAUUGGGAAUUGAAUUGUAUUGUUUAUGGUAAAUGUACUUGUGCUGUUUAGGCUGUUCAAGGUUAAUGGGCAGCCCAUCAUUAUUCGUGGGCGUAAUUGGAUUUUAUCAGAAGGAUUACUGUGACUUUCAGAGAAACCCUACAGGACCGAUAUCAAAUUCCAUGCCGAUAUAAAUUCCAACAUGAUCUGCUGUUGGGGUGGUGGAUUAGCAGAGCUUGUUUGGCAUUCCUCAGCUUGUAGUUUUAUUGCUUCCUUGAUGAGAAAAUUGUUUACUAUGUUGGAUGAAGUCAGGUAGAAAAUGGAUAAACUAAGGAAAAAGAAUAAUAUGUGUGCCGGAUGUAUGUAUUGGUAGACGUAGAGAAGUUGCUGCCGAAUAAAUCCUUGCAGUCACCUGCUUCCUGAUAACAUAUUAAGAGUUCGUAAAUGACCUCCAUAUUACUUGUAUGGUUUAUUGGCAAGUCUUCAAUGCACCUCGGCCAAACUUCUUUUCAGAUGCUUAGUAUCAUAUUUGUCAGUAUGUUAGCAAAUCAAUUUAUCCUGCUAUCCAAUUGCUUAUAAAGCUUUUGUAGGUCUGGCAAAAAUUUUGGAUUACUGGUGAUGUUGAUGGACAUGGAAUCCCAGUAUCCAAUCCGGAUGGCCCCCUGGAUCAUGACCUAUUUCUUCUGUGUGCAAGAGACACUGUCAAGCUUUUAAGGAAUCAUGCAAGUCUGGCUCUUUGGGUAGGUGGAAACGAACAAGUUCCACCAGAUGACCUCAAUAAAGCUCUAAAGAAUUACCUCAAACUCCAUCCCUAUUUUGAAAAGGCAGAUGGAUAUGACAAAAUUUUAGAAGAUUUGAGUAACGAGGAGGAAGAUCCCAGCCUCUACCUCGAUGGAACACGCAUCUAUGUUCAAGGGUCCAUGUGGGAUGGGUUUGCUAAUAGCAAGGGCGGCUGGACCAAUGGCCUUACAAUAUCCAGUAUCCUGAAAGCUUCUUUAAGGAUGACUUUUACAAUUAUGGAUUCAAUCCAGAAGUGGGUUCUGUGGGUAUGCCUGUUGCGGCAUCAGAGCAACAAUGCCUCUAGAAGGAUGGCAAAUUCUGAUCUUUGAGAAACUUUCAAAUGGUUACACUGAAGAAGCUGCCAAUCCUAUAUGGCAAUACCAUAAGUACAUACCAUACUCAAAACCAGACAAGGUUCAUGAUCAAAUCAAAUUCUAUGGUACCCCCAAGGAUCUUGAUGACUUUUGUUUGAAGGUAAGACUCAGUGAAGGGUCUUGCCAUUAGUUUGUUUCUUCUAUUCAAUCAGUGAGUACAUAUUAUUUUUUUGACUCACGGACUGGCCUUAGAGGUCAAUUUUAUGAUCAACAACUUGAUCAGAUGGCAGGGUUCUACGGCUGCUGUUCAGCUGCAGAGCCAAUCCAUGUUCAACUCAAUCUAGCCGCCUAUUCUAUUGAGGUUGUUUAAUACCACAUCAGAUGAGCUCUCUGGCAUAGCGAUAGAAGCAUCGGUGUGGGAUUUGGAGGGAACAUGUCCAUAUUACAAGUUUUUUGACAGUACUUCCUCCUUAAACUCUACCUUAUGUCCAAUUUUGGUAUCAUGUCUAGGAACUUUUACUGGUUACAUGUGUCUGGUGGUAACUACAAGCUGUUGGAAGCAUAUAGGAAGAAGAAAGUACCUCUCAGGAUCACUUCUAGGGCUUGUGUCAGGUUCCACAUAUGAAAUUGACAUGCAUGUGCAGAACACAUCUAAAAGCCAGACUCUCAAAAUUUAAUGUACCGGAAUAUUUUUAGUACAA